UGUCCAGCCCCGUGCCACAUGAGCUAGCCCCCGGUUCCAAGAAGAAAUAGGGCAGGGGUCAGGCAACACAGGCAGCGGGCAGCGGCACACAGACAAGAGCUCGAGGCCCGUCGAGGCACCGCUGCCUGCCUGAACUGCAACGGUGAAGGAGAGCUUCGGCCGAGACAGGAUGGGGCGGCCGCCGAGCACCGGGGGCCCGGCGUUCCGGUUCACGCACGCGGAGGUGGCGGAGAUGGAGGAGCGCCUGCGCCAUCUCAACAACGCCAUCCCGCACCGCGACGUCAUCCAGGGCCUCGCCGACAAGUUCACCAACUCCCCCGCCCGCUCCGGCAAGAUCCCCGUCCAGCCAAAGCAGGUCUGGAACUGGUUCCAGAACCGGAGGUACUCACAGCGCUCCAGGACCACCCGGGGCUCGCCGCUGCCGCUGCCGCAGGGCAAGAUGCUGCCCACGGGGGCCGAGGAGCACCACCCGGCUUCCUUCAUUAGGGCUCAGCCGUCUUCCUCUGGCCACUCCGGAUCCCACCCAGGUAAAAAUCCUUCGGAUGCUGGCCAAGUCGAGUUUGAAGCAAAGUCAGCUAGAGAUGGUGCAUGGUAUGAUGUUGCUGCCUUCCUGUCACACAGGUUGUUUGAAACAGGAGACCCGGAAGUAAGAGUUCGUUUUUCUGGAUUUGGGGCAGAAGAGGAUGAAUGGAUUAAUGUUCGUAAAUGUGUGCGACAGCGCUCACUUCCAUGUGAAGCUACAGAAUGUGUUGCUGUGCUUCCUGGGGACCUCAUUCUUUGUUUUCAGGAAGGCAAAGAGCAGGCCCUCUAUUUUGAUGCUCGUGUUCUUGAUGCUCAAAGACGCAGGCAUGAUGUAAGGGGAUGCCGCUGUAGGUUUCUUGUUCGCUAUGAUCACGAUUACUCUGAGGAGAUUGUUCCGCUGAGGAAGGUGUGUCGUCGACCAGAAACUGAUUACAGGUUCCAGAUCUUGCAUGCCGCUAGAGCGGCAGCUUCGGCAGAGGUUCAAAAUGCUAUUGUGCUUGAUAAGAGCCCUGUUGAGCAGAAACCCCCAAAGCCGCACAAGAUGAUGGAUGUGAACACUGCCGAGGUGACUAUGGUUCCCAUCCCAGAUCAAGGAGAGCCAACGGACAAGCCGGCUGCAACCGUACCAGCCGCCCCAACUAGCACCCACAGUGAUUCAGUUUCAGAUGUGCAGAUGGGGGAUGCUGAGGCUGCUCCAAAAGUUGAAGCUGCAAAUGAAGCACAGGACGACAAGAUGAACAUGGGAGCUUAGUCGUUUCAGUUCCUUGUGCAUUUCGUUCUGAAAAAUUAACCAGUACUACUAUCUAGGAACUUUCUCUUGGGGGCUUGCGCAUACAACAUGUUUGUUUAGGAACUUCAGGUGGAAGAAUGGUUGACUGGGAACAUAUAGUAAUGUGGUGAUGUUGACUUUGCUGCUGUUGUACAAAGUGUUGGAUUUGCUAUCUAUAUAGCGACGUCGUGAGAGAAGAUAAUUAAGAUUUUCUUCCUCAGGAAAA